ACUAUCAAAUCUCUUUGGGCUGCAUUGUGGUUCGUGAUAGCAUGCGCGGUUGAAGCCUAAUUAGUGAUUUAUUACAAAAAUGUUCAGUGUCAAAAUGAAGCAUAUUUUGUGGACUGUUGUUGUGUUGGCAGUCAUUAGUAAACAGAGUUCGGAGGCAUUACAAUGCUACGUUUGCCGUGGAUGUCAAAGCGGAGACCUAUCAGAUGCUCCAACUCAGGUUUGCCCGUCACGACCACCACCAACGCCUCCAUCAACAACUGAAGCAUCAACAACCGUCGCAUCAACUACUGAAGCUUCUACUACCGAGGCAUCAACUACUGAAGCUUCUACAACCGAGGCAUCAACUACUGAAGCUUCUACUACCGAGGCAUCAACUACUGAAGCUUCUACAACCGAGGUAUCAACUACUGAAGCUUCUACAACCGAGGCAUCAACUACUGAAGCUUCUACAACCGACGCAUCAACUACUGAAGCUUCUACUACCGAGGCAUCAACUACUGAAGCUUCUACAACCGAGGUAUCAACUACUGAAGCUUCUACAACCGAGGCAUCAACUACUGAAGCUUCUACAACCGACGCAUCAACUACUGAAGCUUCUACAACCGACGCAUCAACUACUGAAGCUUCUACUACCGAGGCAUCAACUACGGAAGCUUCUACCACCAUCGCAUCAACUACUGAAGCUUCUACUACCGAGGCAUCAACUACGGAAGCUUCUACUACCGAGGCAUCAACUACUGAAGCUUCUACUACCGAGGCAUCAACUACUGAAGCUUCUACAACCGAGGCAUCAACUACUGAAGCUUCUACAACCGAGGCAUCAACAACUGAAGCUUCUACUACCGAGGCAUCAACUACUGAAGCUUCUACAACCGAGGUAUCGACUACUGAAGCUUCUACUACCGAGGCAUCAUCUACGGAAGCUUCUACCACCAUCGCAUCAACUACUGAAGCUUCUACUACCGAGGCAUCAACUACGGAAGCUUCUACCACCGAGGCAUCAACUACUGAAGCUUCUACAACUGAUGCCUCUACAAAUAUAGUACCAAACAUUGUGCCACAAGUUACCAAUUUUAUGAACUAUCGGGCAGCAAGCAGAGAUGACUCAGAAAACGAAGGUGCUCCCCGCUGCUUUGUCACAUAUUUCGAAGUUAAUGGCGAGGCUGACGUGAUCCGAGGCUGCGCAUACGCAGAUGACGACGCCGAAGGGGUCUGUAGAAACGCCGUAGAUGAGUCGGGAGCGGAGAUCAAGGAUUGCAGGGUGUGUGAUGGAGAACUUUGCAACUCAUCCACAAGAACUACCGUAGGAUUCCUUAUUCUACUCCUCAGUGUCAUUGUGCAUUUAAGUUAAAGAUAUUAGACUAGAUUUAGCCAUAUUAUUUAUUUACAUUCAAUAUGCGCUUAAUGAAUUCUCUAUAAUGUAUUGAGAGUAAUUAUUGUUUCCAAAAUUUAUAAAAAGUAUUAAAUAAUUAUUUAAUAUUUCUCUGUGAUCCGUUUUGAAGUAAUGAAAUGUUAUUUGUUAAAAUUCAUUAUAAAAAUAUAACUUGUGACAAAACAAGAA